UAUUUUGAUAACUUCGAGGCAAAAUGCGACGCAGUACCGUCUCAGUAUAAAGUUAAACACAAAAGUUCGCUUUUCUCAAAUUUCGGUGGUCACAAUUAGUGGACAAAAUUAAAGUGAAACACAAUCGAUUGAAAGAAUGGAACGCCAAAGUGCAGCAGAAAAUUCAGUGGAAAAUCAGAGAACAAGCGUCCUUUCAUCGCUCUACAGCGUCCUUUUUAUCCUAAGCUCUCUCCUUGUGGGAUUUGCAGCUUUCAGGAAUACGCUUACAUGGCACCUCCAACGCUUCUGGGGAGCUUCUGGAGAUUUCUGGCAGUCACAGUGGGAUAAAUUCCUAGACAUUACAGGAGAAGAUGACUUUACGCUGUGGGUCAUCGGAAGUACAGCCCUCACGAUUUUCGUUUAUUGGUUCUUUGGUGGUUUGUACACGAUAAUGGACAUCACGAAUAAGCCAGCUGCUCUGAGGAAGUACAAGAUUCAACCUGGAACGAAUGAACCCGUGGACAACAAGAGACUCAUGCAGGUCAUAUCAACGGUGCUGUUCAAUCAGUUCAUCGUAGGCAUUCCCAUGAAUCUCCUAGCGUACAAGGUCAUGACCUACCGUGGAAUUGUUCCCAACCGAGAGCUGCCUACCUUCCACUGGGUCCUUCUGGAAUUGGCCGUUUGUAUCCUCGUGGAGGAGAUUGGCUUCUACUACUCCCACCGCUUCCUGCACAACAAGCACAUCUACAAAUUCAUCCACAAGCAGCAUCACGAAUGGACGGCCCCAAUUUCCGUAACUGCCGUCUACUGCCACCCCAUUGAGCACAUCUUCAGUAACUUGCUACCCCCAUUCCUGGGUGUCCUCAUCAUGGGAAGCCACGUGGCUACAGCAUGGCUAUGGUUCUCUCUUGCAAUCCUAUCGACUCUCAAUGCUCACUCCGGAUACCAUUUGCCCUUCUUCCCAAGUCCAGAAGCUCAUGAUUUUCAUCAUCUCAAAUUCAACAACUGCUUCGGAGUGUUGGGCGUCCUGGAUCGUCUUCACGGCACUGACUCAAUGUUCCGCAACACAAAAGCCUACGCACGACACAUCAUGAUGCUAAGCUUUACACCCCCACGAGAAGCUAUCCCUGAUUCCCCAAAGAAGUCCAUGUAAAAGAAAAUCCAAAAUGUGUGGAAAUUGAUUUCAACAACAGCACGAUUCCUCCACAAGGACAAACACCUUCAGAGAGGAUAUAAACUAAAUAUAUAUAUGACACAGUGUGGUGAUUUUCACACUGAUUUUUUUUUAUUUUCUAGAAGAAAAGAUUGUUUGUGAUGAAAAUGGAAAUCAAAUUGUGAUAGAUAGACGUUAUACAGGAUAUGUACGUGGAAAUAUUCUAUAGGGAUGAGAACACAACUAACUACAUUAUAUAUGUGACUAAAUGGAACUAAAAGUAACAUAUAUUUCAUUUGCAUAAACGACACGCAAAAUAGAUAAAUAAAUGUGCAAUUCUUGCGCUUUGUGGGGCUUGUUUUGAUGCACAAAUAAAUCUGGUGCGUUUCUGUAAAGAGCUUA